GUUGGUUCACAGGGAUUGCAGUGUGAAAGCACUGACCUGCGAUAUAACUUUUAAACAUUUAUUGUCGCUUUCUUUUCCGCCGGACAGUUAUAGAUAUGUAAUAGACCUCUUUUUGGACACUUUAUUCAGACGGUGGGAUUGUUGUGGUAUCACCAGGAGAUUCACCAGGAGAUUCACCAGGAGAUUCACCAGGAGAUUCACCAGGAGAUUCACCAGGAGAUUCACCAGGAGAUUCACCAGGAGAUUCACCAGGAGAUUCACCAGGAGAUUCACCAGGAGAUUCACCAGGAUCAUUAUACUGCGGGUUUAUUGGUGACAAACGUGGCUAGUUUAGUUUGUACAGUAAACCGGCACCUGUGUGAAGAAUAUGUUGGAUUUUCUGCCUUUAUUCUCCUCUUGUAGAAACUUCUAGAGCUAAAAGUCUUGUGAAACUCAGACACACAGCAGAAGCCGCAGAAACUUUACUAUUUCUUACUCAGGACGUUGUGUUGGUUCUCAUCAUGACGGAGCACAGAUACUUCAGUUUGGAUGAAACAUCACUUCAGACCCUGCUGGAAUCCACUUUGGACAUCAGCGAGCGCAGACUCAUCCGCUCUGCCAUCCGAGAGCUGCGGCACCAUGAGAUUGAAGACCUGGAAGCUGCGCUGACCAACAAGAGAUUCCGACAUGCUCCAGAGCACAGACAUGACGAUAAAGAAAAUCAGCAUCGGCCUGACUUGGCAGCAUCCUUGGACGUGCUUUCUAAGAAGCUUCAGGACAUUCAGGACAUUGAUGUGCUCUCUGUGAUGUUGCGUAGUAGCAAAGAGUACGAAGAGAGGAAACUCAUCCGAGCCACCAUCCGCAGACUGAGGGAGAAAGAGAUUGAAGCAGGUGCACGGGAGAAGGUUCAUUUAAGUGGCCAGCAGAUGGAGAAACAACAAAAGCCUGCAAGAAGCUUGGAGUUGGAGGACACACCAAAGGAAACCGUGGACAAGUCUGAACGGAUUGAAAAACUCCACUCCAGCCAAACACAGAGCAAAGAGGCCCAUAAAACAGGCUGUAACUCUGACAUGGUGUUGGUGUUGGACCCACUCCAGGAGAAGGUGUCCUGCCCUCUGACUGCCCGCUCUGAUCUUGACUCUCCUCCCUCUGAUGUCAUUCCUGGGUAUCGCACCCAUUCCAAUUGUAGCGACUCGGUGCACAGUCCCGGCUCCCAAAACUGCUCCAGAGUGUGCACUUCGGAGCAGGGGGAUGAAAAAGCCGGUGGAUCCUCAUCAAGCACCGACACAGAGUCUGAUGCUCAGGAGAAGAUUGCAGAGCCGUAUUCUUCCACAAGCAACUGCAUAGACGAUCCUGAUGGCGCCGCAUUCUCCUCCAUACAGAGGCGACGUGCCAUCAAAAAGCCUUCUGAAGACGGCGUGCAGAAGGGCACAUCCAGCAUGAACACUUCACUGUUUCCUGUACGAAAUGAUGCAGCAUUCGCAUCGUGCUAUCCGUCAUUCAGCCGAGGAGGUUCAGUCCGUGACCGAGUGCGCAAGUUUACAGAACCUGCAGAAGUUUCCAUCGAGAAGAGGAAUGUGCAGAGAAGCAUCCACAUAGGAACCUUCAACUCUAUCCCAGCACACUCUGAGCCCGAAGAUCACACUCAGGACGUUCCUUCAUCCAUUCCUUCCUUCUCAGACAGCAGGGUGAACCUCGACCAAUCAGAGCAGGCAGUGGGUGGGCCUCAGUGCACUACUGAAAAUGUCAGGAGUGCUUGUUGUAGCUUAGAAGAGGGAGAAACUCCCAGGGGAACAGCAUCUUCAGACACACAGGAAGUUCAGGGAGAUUCUUAUUCCAACAUGAAGGCCUUCUUGACCAUCGAGAUCAAAGAUGGAAGAACCUCAUCGACUCGGACGUCUUCAACAUCUUCAUCCACAUCCAUGUCCGGAGCCAUGCCGCAAAUCCUCACAGGCUCUGCUGCACAGAGAGCAGAGUUGACGCUUGGUCUGAGAGCAACACCAUUCAAGCUCCCCAGCUCUGACCUCUCCACAGGCUCGUCCCUAAAGAUGGAAACAGAGCCUGCGUUUUCAAUCGAACCUGCUCUCCAGACGGCCAGCGAGGCUCCAGUGGUCCAGAACGGCUCCUCUGUGUCCCAACAACAAAAAGACACAGACAGCGUCACGGACACUCUCACCUCUGAACAGCUCGAAGCCAUUGAGGAUGAGGCGAUCCUGGAUAAAAUGCUUGAUGUCUCCAAAGAUUUUGAGGAGAGAAAAAUGAUUAGAGCAGCCAUGAGAGAGCUCCGGAAGAAAAAAAGAGAGGCCAGGUUGGGAUGUUCACAGGAGGAGCUCGACCAAAGAGAGAAGGAGAGGGAUCUGCGUCUGCAGGAGCUGAGGCAGCAGAGAGACGAGCGAGCUCAGAAGAAUCAUCCGGGUGCAGGAGAGGUGGUGGUGAAGAAGAUCGAGAAGUCAGCUGACCGUUCCACUGUCAGCGAGAUCACAAAGACCAACCGCUUCGCUCAGUCAGAUGAUGGCAGCAGGUUGACCCGCAGCACCAUCAUGGAAACCACUUUCACACAGAAGUUUGACCGAGGAACCAUGCAGACAAAGUCCUUCAGCUACUCCACGUCCUCCUCCAGUACAAGCAAGAAGAUCGGAAGUGUGUUUGAUCGUGAAGACGACACCUCACGCGUAGGAGGCAGCUUGGCGGCGCUGGAGCGCAGACAAGCAGAGCGUAAGAAGGAAAUCACGAGGGCUCAGACGAUGCCUAAAACCUCCACCUCACAGGCCCGGAAAGCCAUGAUCGAGAAGCUUGAGAAGGAAGGCGGCGGCAGCAACUCAGCGGUUGCACAGGUGAAGGUCCAGCGCUCCACCAGCUUCGGUGUCCCCAACGCUAACUCCAUUAAACAGAUGCUGCUGGACUGGUGCAGAGCCAAGACUCGCGGCUAUGAAAACGUGGAUAUUCAGAACUUCUCCUCCAGCUGGAGUGAUGGGAUGGCCUUCUGUGCUCUGGUGCACAACUUCUUCCCAGAGGCUUUUGACUAUUCCAACCUGAGCCCGAGCAAUCGCAGGCAGAACUUUGAGGUGGCCUUUAGAACAGCAGAGGCCUUUGCUAAUUGUAUGCCCCUGUUGGAAGUGGAGGACAUGAUGAUAAUGGGCAAGAAACCUGACUCCAAGUGUGUCUUCACCUACGUGCAGUCGCUGGUUAAUCAUCUGCGCAGAUACGAGAUGACAUGUCGAGCACACUUGGAUCACUGAGUGCUUUCUUACACCUGGAGCCUCAAGGCCACCACAUUUGUGUGUUUUUUUUGUUUUUUUUUUGUUUGUUUGUUUGUUUGUUUUUUUGGAUAAAACAGUGAACUGUUUGCUCUCAUUUGUGUUUUUUAUGAUCAAAGUUUCACCUGCAACAAAUCGAUGGUGAAACUAUCCCAGGUCAAGGGAAAGAAAUAAUGUUAAUCAUUAAAAAAGAGUUAUAUGUAAUAAUGAAAUAUGAACACGUUUUGGCAAGAAUUUUUUUUAUUUAGAGUCCCAGAAACCGUCAUGACAUGAUGUCUAUUUUAGUUCUAAGCCUGUGGCAUCCCCAUACUGAUCCUCAGUAACUCCGCUUAACUGAAUCAAAUUCACUCAAGCACGAUUCAUCAAACGAGUCUGAAUCACUCUUCAAUUCUGUUCUCCAGCUGAUUUAAAGCAGACUGUGCAGUAAAAAUGCUGAUUGAUCCGAGGACCGGCUUCCACACCAUAGUAGGAGAAGAACUGUUUUAGCAUGGGGAUUACAUACACAACACAACACACACACACACACACACACAUCACAUCACAGCGCAGCCUCACAGACACCCACUCACGUGUACAGACUUCAGCUUGUUCUUUUUCUUUUUUGUGUCUAAUUUAUGCCUUACAUUUCGCUCGUGAAUUUUACUUUGUCUUUACUCUCUCAAUAUUCUUUUGAAGGAGAUUUAGCAGAAAAAUGACAAAUGGCUCAUCAGUCUCACACAUUUUCACCCGGAUUCUAGAGACGGAAAAGGAAAUGUUUUAGCCAUGCGUAUCCUGGGUUUGUGGGUUUGUUUUGGUUUUUUAUUUGGUUUAGGCUUUCCCAAAGAGUGAAAAACUGUUUUGUAUUUUCUUUUUAAAAUAUAUAUUUGAGUGAGUCUGUAACUAUUGGCUUAAUCUGCAAAUAAUUUUAUUGAAAAAAUGACUCAGAUUUACAGGGCAGUGUUAACGCCAUGUUCGUUUUAACUAGCUGAGAAUUCAUUUAAUGUGCUAAUAAGCUGUCUUUCUCUUAUCUUGUAUAAAAAUUAGCAUUGAAACACAAAAGGAUGUUGUAAUUCUAUCACUUUUAGCCACUCUUGUUGUCAUUUUCUGAAGUCCAACCUCCUGCUGUAACUUGUGCUACCAGAGGACUGGGAGAGGACGUUCUCUCAUAGCUGGCUCUGUUCUAUUUCAUUACAUAGCAGAGAUGAGAGAAAUCACGCCAUCUUUCUCUCCAAACAGGUCAGCUGCCAUCUGCAGCACUUCCACAGUGUUAUCACUGAUGAGCUUCAGCAGCAGGUGAUGCUCUAAAUUUUUCUGUUCCACACUAUAAAUCAGACCCUGUUGUAUAUGUGUAGGAAAAAAGGGUUUGUUGGCUUGGAUCGUUGUUUGUUUUAUAUUGUUGCACAGAGGAAUAUUGUUCACUUAGCAUUUCUGUACACUGCUAAUUAAUAUGAAGUGAUAUUAAAACCUUUUAAGAAACCA